AUGGGUGACGUGUCUCUCGUCGGACCUCUUGCACUUUGCACUGCACGAGUGUCUGUCUCCCAGUCGACGCACGUAGUCUCAUUCUUGGUUCUUCCGCAAUGUGUUUCUGACGUGAUACUUGGUACUGACUUCUUAUACGACACUCGAGCUCUAGUCGAUUGCGGCACCGGCACCAUCACCUGGGACGAGCUACCCAGCGUACCCCUCUUUCCCGACGACAGGAAAGAGGCCGUUCGAUUAUGUGCACGGGAGGACACCCUGCUGCCUCCAAACGUUUUGUCCCCAAUUCGGCUUCGUGCCAGUACACCAUGCCCCGGCAUGACUGUUUUAGCUUCCGCUGCACAUUCGAUGACGACCCGCGGUCUUCUGCUCACAUCCCUUCUCGACGUAACAUCCGGCGAAACGCUUGUUUGGACUCUGAAUACCUCUUCGGACAAGCAACUCCUCCCAGAAGCCAUGUGUGUCGCUACCGCAACCCCCAUCACAUCUGAUGGCGUGAAUGACGCUCCUCUAGGGGCUCAGGACAGCCCUCCACACACUGUGAGCACUUCCGGCUCUCACGCCUCACCCGAGUGGAUUCACAAGACCAUCGCCGACAAUCUCUCGGAUUGUGAAAAGCAGCAACUGUUAUCUGUCCUACAAGAAUUCCAAGACAUUUUUGAUGCCGGCGCUCCCACCUCCCGUCUUCCCGUCACACACACCGUCGAACAUACUAUAAACAAGGGAGACUCCGCCCCGAUUCGCAGCCGUCCAUACAGAGUCUCGUCGUCGGAACGCAACAUAAUUCAGACGCAUGUCUCUGAUAUGCUUGAACGUGGCGUAGUACAACCAUCGUCGAGCCUUGGUCCUCGCCAGUUGUCCUAG